UGCAAGUACUUAAAAUUGAGCUUUACAGCAGAUUCUUUUCUUUUUUUUCACAUAUUUCUCCAAAGUUUUCAUAACAGAAGUUUACAGUUUUUUAUUGUUUUUUCCAGAUUAUACUGUAAAGCAAUAUUUGUGGGAUACAAACGUGGUUUAAGAAAUCAGCAUGAGAACACAUCUCUUCUUAAAAUUGAUGGUGUAGUUUCUCGAAAGCAGACAGAAUUCUAUCUUGGUAAAAGAUGUGCUUUUGUAUAUCGAGCAAAAAAUAAAACCAGAGUACCGGGUAAAAAGGAUCACUUCACAAAGCUGAGAGCCAUUUGGGGUCGUGUUACCAGACCUCAUGGUAGAAGUGGGGUUGUCAGGGCCAAGUUCAAGCGUAACCUACCUGCCAAGGCCAUGGGUCGUAGGAUCCGUAUCAUGCUGUACCCUUCCAGAAUUUAACUGUUUUGAAAUAUGAUUUAUAAUAAAGAUCUUGGAAGUCAUUAAUGUUA